AUGACAGGCAAUUACAAUGAAGCAAGCUGUAUGAUUGACACCACUGGUGGAGGGAUGGCAUUAAGUCAUCAAUAAUCCAGAAAACUGAAUUUAGGUCACUAGAAUGUUACCAUGCCAACACAGCUAAUUAUGAUUAAUAUUAAGUGCAAACACCUUAAAACGUUUUCAAGUGAGUGACGAGGGACUCUACCCAGCAAUCGGUCAUAACUGUUGUGAAUGUCAGUCGGUGAUGGAACAAAAAGUCAACUGUUAUCUACAUGUUCACUACAUAUAAACUGAAGUAGCAUUAACGAUAUUGGUGAAGGGCUAUACUUUACGAAAACAACUCCUGGAGUUCGUUUAACCAGUCAUUGAACCAGUAGGGGUUUGAUAUCUGAAUGAACAAUAACGAUAAGUGCAGGGUUUAUGCUUUCAGUGAAACACUUCUGGACUUUUUAGACUGUAACUGUUUUAACCAGAGGCUUGUUAUCAUGAAACAAGCAGGGUUGCUUCUUGGAUUGAUUUGCAGUAAUUUUCUGAUUGAAUGCUCUGGUGAUGAUGGGAAAUGUGCAGCUUUCAUCGGUGGAGGUUGCUUGACCUGGGACCAGUGGGGGGACAAAUGUUAUAAGGUGACCGAGAAACUACCAUGGGACGAGGCAAAACUGGAGUGCAUUAAGAUGGGUGGAGUCUUGGUUGUACCACAGCUAGAUGGAGAAACAGACUUUCUUCUGAAAUUGUACAACCAAGGAUUUUGGAUAGGCUGCAACCAACAUAACAAUCCAGGAAUCUGGAUAUGUAAAGAAGGAAACACUGAAUUGCACAACAGAAACUGGAAUGGUGGAAGGCCGAACAAUUCAAUGGGUAACUGCUCCGUCAUACAAAAAAGGGGUGCUGGCAAAUGGGACGUCCAAGUUUGCACCACACCAUUUGUAGGGAUGUGCAAACGGGCUGAGAGACCACUCUUGCACUUCUAGAAAAUUAUUCAAAACUUGGCAGGGUAUACUCUUAAAGGUAGGGUCAUAGAGUGGUUUUUUCAACAUAAUACUGGAUUAUAUGCAAAAUAUAAAGAUACAAAAAAGUCACACGUAAAUGUUUCAGCUGAACAUAAUGUCUACUUGCUGAGAAAAAUGCAGAAAAAAACGUCACUGCAUUUUCACAAGAUUGUUAAAUCCAUCCACGUUUAGCGAGGUAACAGUGGGUACCACAUGGAUCUUCAAAUUGUUUCUCAGAUAUCAAUGUGUUGGGGUAAAAAUUUAUCAAAUUUUUACAAAAUUUAUCGAUAAGCAAUUUAAGAGCACAGUCUGCUUAGGCUUAGACAUUAUCCUUAUCAUUACAAGAAACCAGAUACACUUGUUUAAACAAAUUUCACAUUGUAUUUCUAGCAUACAAUAUAUGCCAAGCAAUCUAGUGCAUCGAACUCAAGUUCUGGUGGUUAGAGCCAUCGGGGUUCGCAUCCCACUCCUUGAGCAAGACACUUAACUAUAAUUGCUUUUAAUUACCUAAGAGUACAUGAGCACCUGAACAAAGUGACUUAUUAUGGAAUUUUGUAAUGAGACCUUGAGUCUUUGUUGAACACAAUAUAAAAGAUUAGAGUGGAAUUUUAUAUUUAAUUCGAAGGAGAAAAGCUGACUAUUAAAGUGCAUUCCCCCUGGGCUUCUCCCAUCGUAACAACAAUUGUAAUUAUGCUGAAAGUAUUUCUACAAUUGCACUUUUGUUGGUGUUCUAAUUACAUUGGGUUAAUUAUAAGUCGUCUCAGCACAUUUCCCAUUAGCUUUUGAUCAUCAUUUAUGCUGGCCAGCGUAACAACAAUUGUAAUUAUGAUGAAAGUGUUUCUACUAACUGCAUUGUUAUUGAAGUUCUAAUUGUAAUGAAAUAAAGUACAUUGACACACAUGAUGUAAAUGAAAGGGUUGAUUCUGUACAUGAACAAUCCAUCAAUUUAUUAAUAUUAUCAAUAAAGCAUGCAAAGCAGAGGUGAUACUCAAAGCGAAAGAAGUCAAUGUCUAAAAGAUUGCAGAUGAACUAAAUUAAAACUGUGUAAAAUGUAGAGGGCUUAAAGGGUGGCUGCAGUGUUUUUUAUUUGUAUUUAAACGAUUAAACAUGACUUUUUAAACCUGAAAU